AAGAAGAGUGUGACAGCUUCGUAUUCUUUAGUUGCAGCAGUGCGGACUUCGCAAUGGGCGAAAACAAGGACAGCGAGAAUUUGGUUCACGUCGAUGAAAAAGUGACGGAUGUCGCCCGAAAAGUCAUUGAAUCGCAGAAUACCGACGACGCCUUCUUUGUUUGUGAUCUACGUGACUUGGAAGCAAAGAUAAGGCUAUGGCGUGAGGAAAUGCCCCGUGUGACGCCUUUCUAUGCUGUCAAGGCAUGCUCAGAUCCUGUUAUACUUCAAAUCUUGAACUCUCAUGGGGUGAACUUCGACUGCUCAAAUAAGGCUGAAAUGAUGUCCGUGUUCGACAUGGGCGUCACUCCCAGUCGCAUCGUGUACGCCAACACCGUGAAGUGCACCUCUCACCUGAGCUUCGCGCAACAAAGAGGCGUCACCCUCAUGACUUUUGAUUCAGCGGAAGAGUUAGAAAAAAUUGAAGACCCAAACGCGAGGUUGCUGCUCCGUAUAGCUGGAAAUGAAUACGGUGUACAACAGUCCAUGAAUGCCAAAUAUGGGAUUCCAUUCCGGGAAGCAAGACAAAUUCUCUCUGUGGCUCGGGACAUGGAAAUGAAUGUCGUUGGCGUGUCAUUUCAUGUCGGCUGCGCUUACAAGCACCCCGAGAUAUUCGCACUGACAAUCGCUGACGCCAGGGCUGUUUUCGACAUUGGCAUAGAGAUUGGCUUUGCAAUGACGGUCCUCGACAUCGGGGGAGGAUUUCCUGGCGGCGUUCGGAAGAAAGACAAUUUCCUCAAGGUGUGCGAAGCCGUCCGAUCCUCCAUCGACCAGUUUUUUCCUCACUCGUCCGGUGUUGAAAUCAUUGGUGAACCGGGGCAGUUUUUUGUCACGUCCGCAUACACUCUGCUUACGAAAGUGGUCGGCAAGAAAACGAAGGAGCUCGUCGUUGAUGGCCUGGCACACACGCAUGAAAAUGUCUACAUAAAUGAAAGCAAAUACAAUUCCAUUCCUCGGGACCUUUACCAGUUUAUGGACAUUUGCUACCGACCACUUGACCCUCCCUAUGAGAGGCCUUUAGAGGUGCUCACCACUCUCUGGGGUGCUACCUGCAAUCCUAUGGACUGCAUUCUAAGCAAGGUGCCAUUCUUCGAAGUCUCUGUGGACGAGUGGCUACUCAUGGACAACAUGGGCGCCUACACGCUAGUACUGGCCUGCGGGUUCAACGGUUUUCCCAUGCCUGAGGUGCAUUACAUCUGCACGGCGCAGCUUGCUCCUCAAGUUCGCCGCACCAUCGACGCCAUGGUGGUCCGAUCUGGCUACGGCCAUUUGCAACAAGCCGUGAAGUGGCACCGCAUGCGAAACAGUCUGUCACAUAAGGCUUGACUCCAUGCCUCCAAAACUCGAUGAGCAAACUUCCCAACAGUCCCGUACCUAAUAGACUUACCUAUGCAACUUUACAGAGAUUCAUACUUACUGUAGCAGCGUACUGCGGUCACAUGAUACGGUAGGGUUUUUUAUUAUAUAUUGAGCACCAUGUUAGCAUGUUUCGUUCAUGUUAGUCGCUAGAAGGCAUUUACACGAUGUCAGUUACCUGCGAUGGCGACCCAAUCGCAUAUAAGCAGUUGUUGUUCCUUCAAGCUAAUUUAUGUAUCUCCUUAUUCUGACAGACGUUGUGAGAAAGCUUUAGCGCGACUGCACGAGUAAUUAAAAACUUCCUUCACCAGCUCUGUAAAGGACCGAAAACAUAUAUAAUUACCGAUGUGACCAAUUCACGCCACACUUUAAGGUCUUGUUACCUUAACUAUAAAUUUUACGCACUCAAUUUCAAAACACUCGCCACUCGUGGGGUCGGUUCUCAGAAUAGUUAUCCCCGUUAAGACUUAUUACGCCCGUGCGACAGUUUACUUUCAAGUUAAGGUACCUGAUAGAUUGACGUCUAACGGAUUUUUCAAACAGUCGUCUUUAAAUCCCACUGUCACUUGUUUGUA